CCAUGCGCCGAGGCGCGCCCCGAGACAGCCGGGGGCCGUCGCCGCAGCCGCCGCCCGCGCUGAGCCCCGGCCCGGUCCGCGGCCCGCGCCGGGCGGCAGCAUGAGCCAGGCCGAGCUGUCCACCUGCUCGGCGCCCCAGACGCAGCGCAUCUUCCAGGAGGCCGUGCGCAAGGGCAACACGCAGGAGCUGCAGUCGCUGUUGCAGAACAUGACCAACUGCGAAUUCAACGUGAACUCGUUCGGGCCCGAGGGCCAGACGGCGCUGCACCAGUCGGUCAUCGACGGCAACCUGGAGCUUGUGAAGCUGCUGGUCAAGUUCGGCGCCGACAUCCGCCUGGCCAACCGCGACGGCUGGAGUGCGCUGCACAUCGCCGCGUUCGGCGGCCACCAGGACAUCGUGCUCUAUCUCAUCACCAAGGCCAAGUACGCGGCCAGCGGCCGGUGAUGCCCGCCGGGGCCCUGGACUGCGGCCCGUGCCCGCGUCGUCUCUGCUGUACUUCCCGCCAACUACCUCGGUGUGCGCCAGGGUCGCCGGCCCCGCCAGGAGUCCCGCGCCGGGCCCUCGGCGCCCGCCCGCAGCC